GUGACGCCGUGAUGACGCACGUGCCCAAACAGGAAGUUCUCAGAAGAGCACGCGCCGACUCCUCGCGUUCUGCUGCUGUCGCGAGCCGGAGAACGGAGUGGAACAUCAUGGCAGCAGGGAGGCUAAGCUUCAGGAACAUCACUGCCCUGGCUCCCAUGGUCCGGGUGGGGACUCUGCCCAUGAGGCUCCUGGCUCUGGACUACGGAGCUGAUGUGGUUUACUGCGAGGAGCUGAUCGACAUCAAAAUGGUCCAGUGUCACAGGGUGGUGAACGAGGUUCUGCAGACGGUGGACUUUGUGGCUCCGGAUGACCGCGUGGUGUUCCGGACAUGUGAGCGAGAGAAGGACAGAGUCGUCUUCCAGAUGGGAACUGCUGACCCGGACCGAGCGCUGGCCGUGGCUCGUCUUGUGGAGAAGGACGUGGCUGCGGUCGACGUCAACAUGGGCUGUCCAAAGGAAUAUUCCACCAAGGGUGGGAUGGGAGCUGCUCUGCUGUCAGACCCUGACAAGAUAGAGGCGAUCCUCACAAAGCUCGUCACAGGUGUUUCCAUUCCAGUCACCUGUAAAAUCAGGAUCCUGCCCUCGGUGGAGGAAACGAUCAGUUUGGUGCAGAGGAUCGAGAGGACGGGCGUGGCUGCGGUCGCUGUCCACGGCAGGUUUAAGGAAGAGCGCCCCCGACACCCCGUCCACUGUAACUACAUCCAAGCUGUUGCUCGGGCUGUUUCCAUCCCCGUCAUCGCCAAUGGAGGUUCUCUGGAUGUGGUGAAGACCAACGCUGACAUCGAGCACUUCAGGCGGGCGACCGGCGCCUCGUCGGUCAUGUUGGCUCGCGCCGCCAUGUGGAACGUGUCCGUGUUCGUCAGUGAAGGUCCACUUCCUGUGGAGACGGUUAUGGAGGAAUAUCUCAAAUAUGCGAUCCGGUACGACAACCACGCCUUCAACACCAAGUACUGUCUGUGUCAGAUGCUGCGGGACAAGGUGGAGUCUCCUCUGGGGAAGCAGGUGCAGGCCGCUCAGACCAACGCGGAGAUCAGCGCGGCGUACGGCCUGGACACCUUCUGCCGGCACGUCCAGGAGCAGCAGCAGACCAGGAGGGCGGCGCUGCAGAGCGGCGGGCAGAGCGAGCGGCCGGUCAUGGACGGAGACGUCACCACCGUGGCCGUCAAGUUUGAACGGAGGAAUUAUCCGCCUCAGAUCACUCCAAAGAUGUUCCUGCUGGAGUGGAGUCGCAGAGAGCGAGUGGAGCAGCCGCUGUACGAGACGGUGCAGCGCUCGCAGGACCGAGGCUUUCAGUCGACUGUGACUAUCGCAGGAAAGAGAUUCAGAUCAACACUGUGGGAGAAGUCAAAAAAGUUUGCAGAACAGGCGGCCGCCGUCGUCUGCCUGCGAGUUCUGGGAAUCCCUGAGGGCCUCAUCGGCGAGGAAGACUCGGGCUUGGUCUGCAAGAGGAAGAGGGACGGGAAGACGAACGGCGGCGCGGAGCAGCAGCAGGAACAGAGCAAGAAACGGCACCUGGGUGACGUCCAGCAGGAAACGCAAAGCUCUGAGACUCCGGCGUUGGCGAACGGUGACCAUCGCGAGGCGGACACGCCUCCAGAGCGAGCGCAGCCUUAGCGACGCGCGUGUAAUAUUCCGUGAUUCCCCGACACGGGCAGUGCGACGUGCAAGAGGACCUGGUUUGGUGUAACACCUUAGAUUACAAACAUUGUGUUGCGUUUCUUUCAUUGAUUCUACACACUGCUCCUUUAAAGUGUUUACAUAGUUUGAGUGUGACGUCAGUCUUCCACAGGAUCCACUGAGAGAGAACAAAAUCACUCUAAUUGUUUUUUAUAAUUUCACCAGAAAACGUCAAUGUGGAUUAUUUCACAGCCAGCAGGGGGCAGCAGCGCUGAAUCAUCUCAGAUAGGACUUUUUUACCUUGGUGCCUUAAAGAUAAUCAAUGAUUUACUUUUGUUUUUAAUUGGCCUUGAACUCAUCAUUUCACCCGCGUUUGAUAUCAGAAAGUUCUGAAUCGUUCGCGUCUUCCUCACAAUUGUCUUAAUUCCCCCCAAAAUAAACUUUUUUUUUUUUUUUUUUUAUCUGUGAUUUUUUUUCACCCAGAUUAAAGGAAGAGACAGGAACAGCGAUUGUGUUUGUGUGUGAGCAGCAGCCGCCACUUCGUCACGUGACACACAUUACUCAAAUAAACACAGGAAAGGACUCGAGUGUUGCGUUCAAGUGACUCCGACCACUUCGUUGUUCACUGUUUCCGAUGCUGGUGAUUUAAAUAAAAGCAUCAAUUGAC